AUGACUGAAAGUGAAAUUAUUACCGUUUUGGUGAGAUAUUCUACAACAAUGCUAGGGAAUAUCCUUGAGUGGGAUCUCAUCGAGGAAUUAAAAAUGAUCGGCUUCAAAAAAGUCGAUCGUUUUACAGGAGCUGGGCCCUCAAUCGUUCGAGAACUUAAAGGCGUAGUGUGUGAAGAAAAAGAAGGUACAAUUGGUAUAAUAGUGGCCCCCAAAUUUACUUUUACAAAUGAAGCGGUUGAUUUAGCUCAGGAGUCCAAAUAUAAUAUCAUCUUAACCGACACAACCCAUAUUUCUAAAAUUUUCCUUCAUCUCGCUCUUGAUUCUUUACAAAAUAGAUCUUUUGAAUUUUCCUUCUAUUACGACUUUGUUACUCAUCCUUUACCAUUAAUUUCGAAUAGAUAG